GUCCACUUUUCUCCCUCCCCCUCCAGGAGUCGGAGUGCUGUUUUUGUUGUUGGUGGAAGGUGAGGGAACAGCUGAUCCGUGUGUGGGGGCAGAUACCUUGAGGGCAAGAUGGAAGAAUCAUCACUAAGCCGGGCACCUUCCCGGGGUGGAGUCAACUUUCUGAAUGUAGCCCGGACCUACAUCCCCAACACCAAGGUGGAAUGUCACUAUACCCUUCCCCCAGGCGCCAUGCCCAGCGCCAGCGACUGGAUUGGCAUCUUCAAGGUGGAGGCUGCCUGUGUUCGGGAUUACCACACUUUUGUGUGGUCUUCGGUGCCUGACAGUGCAACUGAUGGUUCCCCUGUCCACGCCAGUGUCCAGUUCCAAGCCAGCUACCUGCCCAAACCUGGAGCCCAGCUCUACCAGUUCCGGUAUGUGAACCGCCAGGGCCGGGUAUGUGGGCAGAGCCCCCCUUUCCAGUUCCGAGAGCCAAGGCCCAUGGACGAACUGGUGACCCUAGAGGAGGCCGAUGGCGGCUCUGACAUCCUGCUGGUCGUCCCCAAGGCCACUGUGCUGCAGAACCAGCUGGAUGAGAGCCAGCAAGAGAGAAAUGACCUGAUGCAGCUGAAGCUGCAGCUGGAGGGACAGGUGACGGAGCUGAGGAGUCAAGUACAGGAGCUCGAGACGGCUCUGGCAACAGCCAGGCAGGAGCAUGCGGAGCUGAUGGAGCAGUACAAGGGGCUUUCCCGGUCCCACGGGGAGCUCACAGAAGAGAGGGACAUCCUGAGCCGGCAACAGGGAGACCAUGUGGCACGCAUCCUGGAGCUAGAAGAUGACAUCCAGGCCAUCAGUGAGAAAGUGCUGACAAAAGAGGUGGAGCUGGACAGGGUGAGAGACACCGUGAAGGCCCUGACUCGGGAACAGGAGAAGCUUCUUGGUCAACUGAAAGAAGCGCAGGCCGACAAGGAGCAGAGCGAGGCUGAGCUCGAAAUGGCACAACAGGAGAACCGCCGCUUAAAUCUGGAGCUGCAGGAAGCAAAGGGCCGGCAGGAGGAGCAGAGUGCCCAGGCCCAGCGACUGAAGGACAAGGUGGCCCAGAUGAAGGACACCCUAGGCCAGGCCCAGCAGCGCGUGGCUGAGCUGGAGCCCCUAAAGGAGCAGCUUCGAGGAGCCCAGGAGCUCGCAGCCUCAAGCCAGCAGAAAGCCACCCUUCUUGGGGAGGAGUUGGCCAGCACAGCGGGAGCCAGGGACCGCACCAUGGCGGAGCUACACCGCAGCCGCCUGGAAGUGGCUGGAGUCAAUGGCAGGCUGGCUGAGCUCAGCCUGCACCUGAAGGAGGAAAAAAGCCAAUGGAGCAAGGAGCGGGCAGGGCUGCUGCAGAGUAUGGAGGCAGAGAAAGAUAAGAUCCUGAAGCUAAGUGCAGAGAUACUUCGACUGGAAAAGGCAGUUCAGGAGGAGAAGACCCAGAAUCAAGUGUUCAAGACUGAACUAGCCCGGGAAAAGGAUUCUAGCCUGGUGCAGUUGUCGGAGAGCAAGCGGGAGCUCACAGAGCUGCGGUCAGCCCUGCGCGUGCUCCAGAAGGAGAAGGAACAGUUGCAGGAGGAGAAGCAGGAACUGCUAGAGUACAUGCGAAAGCUGGAGGCCCGCCUGGAGAAGGUGGCAGACGAGAAGUGGAACGAGGAUGCUGUCACAGAGGACGAGGAGGCGGCUGUGGGCCCGAGCUGCCCAGCGGCUCUGACAGACUCAGAGGACGAGUCCCCAGAAGACAUGAGGGUCCCUCCCUAUGGCCUGUGUGAGCGUGGAGACACAGGCUCUUCUCCUGCUGGGCCACGAGAGUCUUCUCCCCUGGUCGUCAUCAGCCAGCCGGCUCCCAUCGCUCCCCACCUCUCAGGGCCAGCUGAAGAGAGUAGCUCUGACUCGGAGGCCGAGGAUGAGAAGUCAGUCCUCAUGGCAGCUGUUCAGAGUGGAGGUGAGGAGGCCCACCUGCUGCUUCCUGAGCUGGGCAAUGCCUUCUAUGACGUGGCCAGCUCCCUCUUCUUGGCCCCAGCCAACAUAGGAGUGGUUGACACAGAAAACCACCCACCACCCCAAGUCCCAGGUGCCAUCAGCACCAUCUUCCGUGGAGCCCAAAUUGCCCUGCAUCCCCUCUCUCCUGCCCCUCCCCCUUCCCCAACCACCAGUGGCUUUGCAGUGGGUCCCUUGUCAGAGGCCAGCACCAGGGGCCCUGCCACCCCCCCAUGGAAGGAGUGCCCUAUUUGUAAGGAGCGCUUUCCGGCUGAGAGUGAUAAGGAUGCCCUGGAGGACCACAUGGAUGGACACUUCUUUUUCAGCACCCAGGACCCCUUUACCUUUGAGUGAUCUCACCCCUCCCCAGUACAUGCACAGAUGCACUCACACACACACACACACACACACACACACACACACACACACACACAUACUCAUGCACAGACUUGGCAUGAUAUUCUGGGCUCCAUGAUAUUCUGGGCUCCAUGAUAUUCUGGGUUCCAUGAUAUUCUGUUCCCUAAGAACCGCCCCUGCCUUUGAGCCAUUUUCAUCCCAAGCUCUCACCGGCAUCCUCUCCUGCCUGGUUCUUUUGUCCAAGCAGGGGUCCUUUUUGGAAGCGGUGGCUGACCUUACCCCCUAAAAGCGGUUUUGGAGGAACCAGGAUGGAGGAGAACUUCCCCAGGGGCAGACUGCUUCUGUCACGGACACCAGCCACACACACACACUCAUACACACACACACACACACACACUCUCUGAUGCCCCAAAGCCAAUUCUCCGGGGCACCCCACCCUCUCUUAUUGGGGGUCUUUGUUGGUUUAUCUGAGUUUUCUCUGGGGCCUGCAUGGAGGCAGCAGCAUGGACAUCACGGCCUCUUCAGGUCUCUUUCAGUUCUGAGCUUCAGUGGUUCUUUCUGUUCCCGCCCCCCCCCCCCCACCAUUGCUUUCUGCACCCCACCCCAGCUUUUUCCACACCAUUAGAUAUGAAAUUUGGAUGUUUCUUUUGUAUUUUUGAGGUUUUCUGUACUCUUACCUCCUGCUCCACCCUGCCACCACCCCCCAGUGUCCUCACAUGGAAAGAAAUAAUGCAUUUGUGCCUUCUGUGAGGGAUGGGGAGAACACAGGGUCCCAGGUGUCCCCGUUUCUCAGCCCUCCUCCCUCUCCAGGUUCCCCCCCCCCCCCCCAGCAAUAAGAGCUUUCCCUCAUUAUCCCUCCCCCGAUCUGUAGUUUGGACAAAUAUAUUUAUAUGAUACGUAUAACGAUUCUAAUAAAAUGUGUUCUUACCAUGA